AUGUUGGAUUCAAAUAAAACAGACUUUAACAACCCCUCUACUUUCAUCCUUCUGGGGAUUCCUGGUCUGGAGGAGUCCCAUGUCUGGAUCUCCAUUCCCUUCUGCACCAUGUACGUCAUAGCCAUCUUGGGGAACUUCACCAUCCUGUUCAUUGUGAAGACAGAGCCGAGGCUCCAUGAGCCCAUGUACUAUUUCCUCUGCAUGCUGGCUGUCAGUGACCUGGUCCUCUCCACCUCAAUCCUGCCCAAAAUGUUGAGCAUUUUCUGGUUGAAUUCCAGGGUGAUCAAUUUCGGUGCCUGUCUUUCCCAGAUGUAUUUCAUUCACUGUUCUUCGCUGAUGGGAUCUGGGAUAUUCGUGGCCAUGGCGUUGGAUCGCUACGUGGCCAUCUGCUACCCCCUGAGACAUUCGACCAUCCUGACAAACUGUGUUGUGGCCAAGAUCGGCCUGGCCGUGGUGCUGCGUGGCAGCAUAGUGUCACUGCCCUCACCCUUCCUAGCAAGACAGUGGCCAUACUGCAGAACCAACAUCAUUGCCCAUUCGUACUGUGAACACAUCGCAGUGCUGAAGCUGGCCUGCGCUGACAUCCGCAUCGCUAGUUACUAUGGGCUCUUUAUGGCAUUCAUGGUGACUGGUCUGGAUGUGUUUUUUAUCAUUAUGUCAUAUACACAAAUUCUCAAGGCCAUCUUCCGCCUCCCCACAAAGGAUGCCCGAAUCAAGACAUUUGGGACCUGCAGCUCCCACCUCUGUGUUAUUUUAGUUGCCUACGUCCCAGCUCUCUUCUCCGUUAUCACGCACCGAUUUGGCCAGAACAUACCCCUGCAUAUCCAUAUUCUCAUUGCCAAUGUGUAUCUGGUGGUGCCCCCCAUGCUCCACCCCAUCAUCUAUGGGGUGAGGACCAAGCAGAUCCGGGACAGGUUGCAUCUCAUCUUUAAUCAGAAAAGGGCGUGA